CUCCUUAUCAAGCGUUUGUGUGAUUUGUCAUCGCUUGGCGCGCCGGAAGUUGUGCAUACGUCAUAUCCACGCGUCGUGCUGUGCUCACCGUUGGUCUCACGCAGGAUUGAACGUCUGAACUACAAACAUGGCUCGAAACGCAGAGAAGGCCAUGACGGCUCUGGCCAGGUUUCGUCAAGCCCAGCUCGAAGAGGGAAAGAUUAAAGAGAGAAGACCUUUCCUUGCUUCAGAGUGUAACGAGUUACCCAAAGCAGAGAAGUGGAGGAGACAGAUUAUCAGUGAGAUUUCAAAGAAAGUCGCCCAGAUUCAGAACGCUGGUUUGGGGGAGUUUAAGAUUCGUGAUUUGAAUGAUGAAAUCAACAAACUGCUCCGAGAGAAAGGCCACUGGGAAGUGCGGAUCAAGGAGCUGGGAGGCCCGGACUAUAGGAGAGUGGGACCGAAGAUGUUGGAUCAUGAGGGUAAAGAGGUGCCGGGAAACAGAGGAUACAAGUAUUUCGGUGCGGCCAAAGACUUACCGGGAGUCCGAGAGCUGUUCGAAAAAGAGCCUGUGCCAGCACCCAGAAAAACCCGCGCUGAGCUGAUGAAGGAAAUAGAUGCUGACUAUUAUGGUUAUAGAGAUGAGGACGACGGUGUUUUAGUGCCGCUGGAGCAGGAAUAUGAGAAACAAGUCAUAGCAGAGGCUGUUGAGAAAUGGAAAGCAGACAAAGAGGCUCGAUUAGCCGUUGGUGGAGGUGUGAAAGACACGGAAGAGGAGGAGGAAUAUAUUUACGCUGUCAGAGAUGAAGAGUCUGAUGAUGAAAUGGGAGAACAGAUGGAGGGAGAAGAUGGUUCACAGGCGUUCAUCUCUCAUGUUCCUGUUCCCACGCAGAAGGAGAUUGAGGAAGCCCUGGUGAGACGGAAGAAGAUGGAGCUGCUGCAGAAAUACGCCAGCGAGAGUUUGAUGGCACAGAGUGAAGAGGCCAAAGCACUGCUCGGUCUAUAGUGGGAUCUUAAUCUGAGCCAACGCUGAGCACAAGAC